UAGAGGUUAAUUUAGUAGCAAUUUGAAAACAUCUCAGAGACUCCAUUUAGUCUCCCUUUUAAGCUUCUCUUUCACGAGAAUAACCAUCACAGUUAACAGCAUGUUAUGAAGGUUUAUUCAUCUCUACUAGACUACAAAUCUGCAGGGAUUAAAAAACAUUUGUGAUAUAUGGUAUGGAUGCGGUAUUACUAAUGCACUAAUGAGUAGCUUGCAAAGUCAUGUGGCACUGUGGGUAACUCCCCCUAUAUACAUACAUACAGUUUACGGGGUUUGAAUGCAUCAGAUGUGCAGUUGUCUAUCAGACUGAUCGACAGUGUGCUCCAUGACGAUAGAGAACAGUGGCCAUGGAGGUUACGCUGAUUAUACUAUUGAUCUCUUAUAGAACUGCAACAAAUGUACUACCAGUAAUGCUUUCAAUAUUCUUUGUCAGUCCUUAUGGAUCCUCUUUUGCCGAACAGUUACAUGUGUGCUAGUUAUCUGACUGCUCACCUUGCUGUUGUUAGUGAUGGAGUGGACCAGGCCUGGCCUAUCGUCCCCGCUGAGGCCAAUCUGUGACCUGAGGGUCCUGGACCAUUUCAUCAAAGAAGCACGAGACGCAGAAGUCGCUAUGAAGUCGUGCAGAGAAGGAUGCAGCCUGUCAGAAUCUGUCUCUGUUCCCCAAACCACAGUCGACUUUGAUGUCUGGGAGAAGACAAAUGGAUUAGAUCAAGCCCACGAGGUGCAGUCUGGCUUGUGGCUCUUACAACAGGCCCUGGGGUUGCUAAGGACCUCAGUCACCAACACAGCUCUGCACAGCCACUUAGAUAACUCCAUCAGAAACCUGCUCAGCAUCAAUGCUGUGCUGCGCAGCCUCAACAUCCAGGAGUAUACCCCACCAGCAAGUGCAGCGGAGCUUGAAGGAACAUGGAGGGUGUCCUUGGCAACAGAUUUGCUUCAAGUUCACGUCAACUUCCUGCGUGGCAAGGUGCGCCUCCUUCUCAUGGAUGCACAGGCCUGCCAGCAAGACGUCAGCUGAUCUCUCCAGGCGAAGCUCAUUUGUGUUUACGAAGGCAAGAGGAGGGACUUGACACUGUUGACCCGCACGCUGGCUGCUGGAACCAAGAGGGGAAGGAGAGAAAGAUGCAGCCGUCCUCGCACACGGGGACCAAGCUGGAAGGAGAGGACAGUCCCAGCAAAGCUUUGGAUGGAGAGGAGAUGAUUGCACCGUGGAAAGUAGAUGUGAAACAGUGACAUGUUGAAGCACACACUGACCAAAACGAGGCCUUUGGGAAGCACUGCUCCAAGCUGUUCUACUGGCACUAUCUUGCACUGUGUGUGUGAGUUGAAACAGAAUCAAUCUGUACCUAGUGUGUAUGUUCCCUGUGUGUUUUACCCCUACUCUCACCUUUUACAGUCAACUGGAGUGAAACACAUAGUAAAUAUUGGAGAAAUGAGGUUACAAAAGAGCAGCCAUUUCCAUAACCAUGGCCAAAAUGAACGAGGCCCUUCCCCAAAUCCUUUAACAUGUUUCAACUAUGCCUCACAUUAGUCCCUCCUUGUGGAUUUGUUUGCAAUGAAUAUUUGUAUACAUAUGUUAAAGUUGUGUGAAUACUAUUUAUACAGAUUUUCUACUUUUUAACUUGUCUUUUUUAGUGUUGGAUCUUAAAGAUUGUAGUAUUGCCAUGUCCUCUUGUGUAACACUGUACAAUAUUGCAAAGCUGUUUGUUGACAUCAUUUGCAAUAGCACGCUGCUGUCUUCGUUUUUAUCAAAUAGUUUGUACAAAACAAGCCGUUAGAUUCACACCUUUCCACAGAACAGAGGACUGAAGAGUUGGAGCAGAGGUUACAGUUUUUCGAGGUCAGUGAGAAGGUGGCUGGAGGGUUACAUGAGAACUGUGAAGCUGUUGUCACUAUCUGUGUUUUUGUUGCUGCCUCACCAACACUCAGUCAGUCUCCACACACUGAUAGCCGGACUGCCCGGAACAAAGCUGUUUGGCUUUUACAAGUAACAUCCUGUGAGGCUGCAAUAGCAAAUAGCUUUCCAGAAUCUGACGUUAAUACUGUUUUUUCGCCGUUUCUUAUUCGUCAACAAACAUGCAGGCAAUUAGUUAGCGCUGGGAACUUCCAUAAAGUUGAUGUUCAUCUCUUUCAGACCGGUAAAGUGUUCUUCCUUGUUUUCUUCCGUAUUUUUAAAUCUUGUUGUUCAAGUGCAAGAUGUUUGUUGAGGAUGUUUGUACAUGUUUUCUUUCCUGUUGUUUUUGUCCCCCAACUGUAUUAUCUGCUAUUUAAAUACUAAAUAUUAUUCUCAGAUAAAGAAAAGAUAGAUGGAAACACAACAA